GGCAGAAUUCAGGACAGAAGGUCCCACAUAUUUGCUUUCUCGUCGGCCGGCGCAUGCGUGCUUCAACCUCGACUGAAAUACCGCACAACGCUGUGACAACUUUAAAACUUAUUAUUUUUUUAAUGGAAGUGUGACACACGAGCCCUGCGGUACACCGAGGACUACUGACAUUUGACUGAGGUCUGAACACCAGAGUCGGGUUUGGAAAUAAGUGAUUCAGUGAGUUUUGUUGCCUCAUGAAGAUUAUGGUCGCUUGAGGAAAUAACGACAGAGUUGAACCAGCAGCACACACACACACAGUGAGGAGGCCAUGUGGUGGUUCCAGCAGGGUCUGUGCUUCCUGCCCGCAGCGCUGGUCGUCUGGACGGCGGCGUCCUUCGUCUUCGCUUACAUCACAGCGGUGGUGCUAAGACACGUGGAUCCUGUGGUGCCUUACAUCAGUGACACAGGAACCAUGGCACCAGAGAGGUGUGUGUUUGGCAUCAUGCUGGAUGUGUCAGCCUUUUUAGGUAUGGCGACGGUGUACGUGCGCUACAAACAGGUGGAGGCUCUGGCAGGUGAAGAGGUCAGACUCGACAGACUGAACCGCGUUGGGCUGUUGCUCGGCUUCAUCAGCUCCUUCGGGAUGUGUGUGGUCGCCAACUUCCAGAAGACCACGCUGUUCUCCAUGCACCUGGUGGGGGCGAUGCUGACCUUCGGGGUCGGGGCUCUCUACAUCCUGGUUCAGACGCUGCUCUCGCUCUACAUGCAGCCUCACAUCCACAGCAAGAGCACCUAUCUGGUCCGCCUCGGCAUCGGAGUCUGGACCCUGAGCAGCAUCAUCAGCAUGUUCAUAUCAUCAGUCAUCAUGUACAGCAGUCUGCCGGGAGUGGACGUACCUCACAAACUGCACUGGACUCCUGGAGAGACGGGCUACACGGCUCACAUGAUCAGCACCGUGUCUGAAUGGUCUCUGGCCUUCUCCUUCAUCAGCUUCUUCCUCACCUACAUCAGAGAUUUCCAGAAAAUCAAUUUGCGAGCAGAAGCAGAUUUGCAGGGCAGCCACCUGUACGACUGGCCACACGGUGGCAUUGCAGCGUCACAUCACCACAGACUUGGAGCCUCUGAGUCAUCUCCGCUGCUGGCAGGAGGAACGUGACCAGCAGCAGAACUGCUUUUACACAAAUUUUCACUUUUUAUAAUCAUGUUUAAAGGCUUUUUAUAAGGACUUUCUUAAAGCUGGUCUGGUGGCUUUUAAAGGGUCAGUACACACAAACAUAUUCUCUCUGCCGCCUCUUAUUAUCUCUCCAGUCAGAUAGUUUGGGUUUUGUUUGUCCAAGUUUCAAGAUGUCUGUCUCUGAGAUUUCUGCCUCCAAUACAAUGGAGGUGAAUGGAAUCUGCUUACAGCAUUUAAACACACAACAAACAAAUUCAACAUCAACAUUUCUUUCAGAAACUGGAGUUUGGAGUAACAGGGACCCAUUCACCUCCAUUGUUUUGGGAGGGGAGACAGAAAUCUCAAAAUCUGGACAAGUAAAACCAAAACUAUCUGACUGGCGAGAUAAUACGACAGCAAAGAGUUUUUACUUUUAUAUUUUUUUGUAAUUUGGGUGAAAUGACCCCUUUAAACCCAAAUAUGACACUUAGCACUUUUCGCUCAAACUGCAUCAGUCCUUCUCAGUGACUUUGUCCACUUCAGCGCUGCACUUCAUAUCAUUUAUACUUGAAAUUAAAUUUUAAGACGCUCCACUGUGUUUUAAUUUCAGUUAUAAAUUAUUUCUGCUCUUCCUUCACAUGUCUGAAGCCCACCGGGCUGUUGAAAUCGGCUGCAGAUUAUUAAACUGUACGGGGAAAGAAUAUUUGUUGUAGCGCUGAGUUUCCAGUCUAUGUACGGCAUACAGGAUGGUUUAAUAUUUUCACUGUUUUUCUGACACCAGUUAAAUAGUCUGUGGUUUCAUUUAGCUGCAUUACAUUCAUUUUGUAAAGGUUGUUUUCAGUAAAUACUGUGUAUCACAGUAUAAUUUCCUGUUUUUAAUGUGAAAGCCAGGUGCAUAUUCCAGGUACCUUACUUCAAAAUUCCCUUAAAACCAUGUGCACAGUUUAUUUAUGAACUGACCUGCUGCUGUAGUGUGCCACUGGAAUAAUUAUACAUUUUGACAGUGUUUAAUUAUAAUUAAUCAAUACAAAUUAUAAAUGUAUUCAAAUUGUAUUUAAAUAAUGCAUACAUAAACUCAAAGUAAAAAAAAAUCAUCAAAAACACCAUUAAAUUUGGCAAUUAAUAAUUCUGUAUUGUCUUUAAUGAAUGAAUCAAUAACUGAAUUUUAAAAUAACUGACAAAGGCUUUUAAUUUUAAUUUUAAUUAUUCCUUUUACUAAUGUGUUUGCCUAUUCCGUCUCACAGUUCAUUUGUCUCUAUGGCUUUAACAUUUAGUGUUUCUUACCAAAACACAUUGUGUGUAUCCUUGAGAGGCAACAGGGCUCUGAUUGGUCAGACUCCUGUCAACGCUGGCCAAUCAGAGUUGCUGCUGCUGUGUGAGUUUAAUUGUAUUUUUAGGUGGCACACUGCUGACACCUUGUUUAAAAAAAUAAAGGUAACUGUAAAAUUA